GUUCAUUUUAUUUGAUCUAUUAGCCUAUUCAUGCACUUGAGCUAUUCAUCAUUUAAGAUCAUUUGGUUGAAAUGGUGUGACUGGCUACUAAUGCAUUUUAUUUCGUGUAAGCGUUCAGAACGCUGGAUCGUUCGUCUUUUGGAACUCGGAGGCGCGUCCUAGUGCGCCCCUGAAUUGCUGUCUAUGUAGGCAGCUGACUCGGAUUUAAGACACAGCCAUUUCAGAAAGCGUCUCUGGCACAUGGGCUUUAUGAGAUCGCUCGCUCAGAAGUGUUGUAACGGGACGAGCCGAGGCGGUCACUAAUCCGCGUCUUACAGGCGUCCGCUUUUACGCACAAUAACGACAGCAGCAGCAGCAGGCAAUCAUGGCUAUAGACGCGCCCGUUAUUUUGUCCGCACUUUUCUUUACGAUUAUUGCCAUUAUAGUUGCAUCGGCGUUCCUGGCGAAGAAACCUGCGCAAAAGAAAGAACAGAAACAGAAACAGCAUGAGAAAUCCGAGCGGGUUACUGAGUAUCACCAGCCUAUAGUAGAGCAACCAGCAGCUCCAGUUCAGAAGGAGGUGAUUGUUGAAAAGAAAAGGGAAGAACCCGUUCCCGUCGCUCCUGUCGUAGAAGCUGAAGUCAUCCCCGUGCAACAAACACCUGUACAGGCAGCUCCGGAGCCUGAGCCUGUACACAAAGAUGUCACAGCAUCUGCACCUGUGGAAGAACCCGAGCCAGAGCCUGAGCAAGUACCCGCCUCGUCACCAGAACCAGUGGCCGCACCAGUGGAAGAGCCAGUGCCUGAACCAGUGAAGGAGUCUGUCCCAGAACCAGAACCAGUACCUGAACCUGUCCCCGAGGUGCCCAUCCCUGAACCAGCAUCUGAACCCACCCCAGAACCAGUUUCUGUACCAACCCCUGAACCAGCGCCUGCACCCAUCGCAGAGCCAGCGUCCACACCAGCCCCUGAAGCAGUGCCUGUGCCCGUCCCGGAGACCUCACUAGCAGCCGAAUCUCUUCCAGAGGUCCUAGAGAAUAAUGAUGGUGCAGCUGCUUUACUGACAGAUGAGGUCGAGACCCCCGCAGUCGUGCCCGGUAAUAAGAGGACCACCAAGUUUGAGAAGAGAAUGACCGUGGAGGAGAUGGAAGAGGAGCAGAGGGUACAGCAGGAGCAGCUGACUGCAAUCUUCAGACUGCUCCGAGAGAAUCAGGACACGUUUGGAGAGAUGACGGAGGGAGAAGUGGAGGAACAGCUCAAACUUUACUCGCUUUAGUCUGACCACACACAGUUUCAUAUAGGAUAGAAUAUGGGCUUUUCACACUGCGCUUGACCCGAGUUAACAUCUGUAGCACUGUUUAAAUCGACUAUACUGUACCUACUGUUAUGCUUGGGGUCACAGACACUCCAGCUCUUUAUAAAAGUAAUUGUAAGAUUGAGGGUUAAGCAGGGUUUAAUGCUUGUAAUUUGGAAAGAGGUUCACGUUCAACACUAAAAUGUUAGUGUAAAAAGCUCAGCUUGAUCUCUGCAUGAUCACUGUGUAAAACUCUUGUUGUAUUAUACACAGACUGUAGUGUCCUCAUGAACAUAUCAGCUGAACUUUUUACUUUUUUUUUUUUUUUUUGGUGCGUGAAUGGGAAAUGUAAAUAGUCUGCGUUAGUGUUCUUGCAUUUCUUUUGGUGUUUAUAUGGAUUAAUGCUUCAGAAUCUAAUUCUAAUCUACUAUAUAGAAUUCAAAUGGCAUAUUCAAAAUAGUUUACUGCUGCAUUUUCU